GAGUUCACGUCAUCACGUGACUGACCGUCGCCCAGGUUGUGUCGAAAGCAUCCUGGUACAAUAGCACUUAGCUAGCUAACUAUCCGCUCACAAUAAAUAUUAAGUGAAGUACAAAUAUCUGUUUAUAAUGGGCGAAUUGUUACCAUGGCUCUAACGUUAGUGAAGGCAAAGAAGAUAAGAACCUACCCAAACUGGAAUUUCCAACAUGGCUGAAGAGGCCAGUUAACAAAGCUAACGUAACUAUACAUUAGCGUUAGCUAACGUUCAAACUUUGACGGGCAAUAGCAGCAAUUCGUUAGCUAGGUGCUAGUUUGCCAAUUUACUACUAGAGUUACCAUUCCACCCAGCCAGGUAACAUAUCUUGUUAUUGGAACAAUUAGCUAGCUAUGCUAACUAAGUAACGUCGUAGAUGUUUACGCACUAACGCUAACUAAUUACGCGUUAUUUUUGAUCAGUCGUUGAUGCAAAACUUGCGUUAACGCUAUUACUAAAUAACAUCAGCUAAUGUUAAUUUAUGAAUGCUUAAGUUACAAAUGUUAAGCCGGUAAUGCUAACGUCAGCUACUUAAACUUCACUGUAACUAUCAUGAACACAGUUACUUAAAGUCAGAUUUAAUACUAAUGAUCUUUCACAUAGCUAAUAGUGAAAAAAAAAGCGAACAGCAGCUAUAAAGUGAAUAGCUAAGCUUACAAAUCUGUGUUUUGUGAUUAAUUUUGGCCAAUCGCGAAACACACAAAUAAUGAGAGACACCAGAAUGUCAAACGCAUGGGGAUUAACGUUAGGGCAGCAGUAUUGUCUGGAAAACACAGCUGUCCGGUCAUUUCGUUAAUCCUUGUAUUCUUCAUAAUGCAGCUAACGUUACAGCUAGAUGUUUAUUAUUGCUAAACGUGUAGUUUAACGUUAACGUCUUGUAACGUUAUACCUAAACAUUUGGCUACCUACUUCACCUUAAACAGUCUGUGUAGUCUAUAGUCUACUUUAAUUCAAGUUAUGCCGGGGGACGCAUCUGAUAGUAGUGAUGACUCCGACACAAAAGCAAAUGAAAAGGCCUGCACCGUCAAGCAUCAAAUCACCAAUGCUAACCUCACAGGUCACACUGAGAGGGUCGGCAUGGAGAAUUUUGAGCUACUCAAAGUCUUAGGCACUGGAGCUUAUGGAAAAGUGUUUUUGGUCAGGAAGAACACCGGUCAUGAUGUGGGCCAGCUGUAUGCUAUGAAGGUGUUAAAGAAAGCAGCUAUUGUUCAAAAGGCAAAAACAACAGAACAUACUCGCACUGAGAGACAGGUGCUGGAGCACAUCCGCCAGUCCCCCUUCCUGGUCACGCUCCACUAUGCCUUUCAGACGCAGAGCAAACUCCAUCUCAUCCUGGACUAUGUGAGUGGUGGGGAGAUGUUUACUCAUUUGUACCAGAGGGAUCACUUUCCUGAGGAGGCAGUACGGAUUUAUAUUGGGGAAAUAAUCCUGGCUCUGGAGCACCUGCACAAGCUUGGGAUUGUGUACCGAGACAUCAAAUUAGAAAACAUUCUUCUAGACAGUGAAGGCCAUGUGGUAUUGACGGAUUUUGGGCUCAGCAAGGAGUUUCUGGAAGAAGAGAAGGAAAGGACGUACUCUUUCUGUGGCACCAUUGAGUACAUGGCACCUGAAAUCAUCAGGGGGAAAUCUGGCCAUGGCAAGUCGGUAGAUUGGUGGAGCCUUGGAAUCCUGAUGUUCGAGCUUCUAACGGGCGCAUCUCCUUUUACCUUGGAGGGGGAGAGGAACUCCCAGAGUGAGGUGUCAAAACGUAUUUUGCGCUGUGAUCCUCCGUUCCCCUCCAUGAUUGGACCCACUGCUCAGGACCUGCUGAAGAAGUUGUUGGUGAAAGAUCCCCACAAGAGGCUGGGCUCUGGACCUCGAGGGUCUGAAGACAUCAAAGCACAUACCUUCUUCAAGGGACUGAACUGGGCCGACCUAGCACAGAAGAAGGUGCCAAGUCCAUUCAAGCCAGAGCUUAAGAGUGAACUGGAUGUAGGGAACUUUGCUGAGGAAUUCACUGGGAUGGAUCCUGUCUAUUCUCCGGCGAGUACGCCGCCAAGCACUGACCGCCUGUUCCAGGGUUACUCCUUCAUUGCUCCCUCCAUCCUGUUCAACAAGAACGCGGUCAUGGGAGACUUUGUGCAAUCCCAGAUUGGGGCUGAUCGUCCAGCUUCAGCCUCUGUCCAACGCAGUGCAAUGUUAGAGGAAUCCCAUUUUUUUCAGCACUAUGAGCUGUGUCUUCACGGGCCACCCCUAGGUGAGGGUAGCUUCUCUGUGUGCAGGAAAUGCCGACACAAACAAACUGGCCACGAGUAUGCCGUCAAGAUCGUCAGCCGCAGAAUGGAGGUAAACACCCAGAGGGAGGUUGCUGCUUUGAGGCAAUGUGAGAGUCACCCAAACAUUGUAAAGCUGCAUGAAGUCUAUACUGAUCAGUACCACACAUAUUUAGUGAUGGAGCUUCUGGGAGGUGGGGAGUUGCUGGAAAGGAUCAAGAGGAAGAAACUCUUUGGAGAGGCCGAGGCCAGUCAGCUGUUACAGAGCCUGGUCUCAGCUGUUAGCUUCAUGCACGAGAAUGGAGUCGUCCACAGAGACCUCAAACCAGAGAACGUGCUGUUUUCAGGUGAGGGGGAGGACUCUGUGCUGAAAGUAAUAGAUUUUGGAUUUGCCCGCCUGUGCCCUGCAGGCAGUGCCCCCCUGCAGACUCCCUGCUUCACGCUGCAGUACGCAGCGCCUGAACUUUUUGAGAGUGCAGGAUACGACAAAGCCUGUGACCUCUGGAGUCUUGGGGUCAUCCUGUACACCAUGCUGUCAGGCCAGGUGCCAUUUCAUAGUGAGCAGCGGGGGAUGACCUCAUCUUAUGCUGCUGACAUCAUGCAAAAGAUUAAAGAGGGCGAUUUUUCAUUGGAUGGGGAGGCCUGGAAGGGCGUAUCGGAGGAUGCUAAAGAGCUUGUUAAAGGCCUACUGACAGUGGACCCAGAGAAGCGUCUUAAACUCUCUGAUCUGAAGGAGAACAGCUGGCUGCAGGGCGGAGCAUCCAUGUCCACCACUCCUUUGUGCACUCCAGAUGUGCUAGAGUCUAGUGGGCCUACUGUCCGCACCUAUGUCAAUGCCACCUACAAGGCUUUCAACCGUGGUAAGAGAGAGGGCUUCUUUCUGAAAAGUGUUGACAAUGCUCCCCUCGCAAAACGCAGAAAGCUGAAGAUGACAAGUACAGGUGUUGAGACCCGAUGGAGUUCAUCCUCAUCUUCGUCCUCUUCUUCCACUUCCUCCUCUGCUUCCAACUCUGCCACAGCAUCCAAAAUACAGCCAAAGCAAACUGUGACCACAAAGCAAACUGUGACCCCAAAGCAGAGCUAGCCUAAAUGGCAGGCGAGAGAGCAGAAGGAAAAUGAGGAGGUAUGUGCUUAAAUGGGCAACGCAAUUCUGUGGUGAUAGGGUCACCCAGUUCCAAAACCAACAUACCGACAAACUAAAAGACUGGUUUAGGUUAGUGUUAAGUUUUCAAUACAAAAUUGUAUUCCAUGUUUUAACAGCAAAGAAACUUUGUUAAUCAUGCCACAUUCUCCCCAAACCAAACUCGGUUUCCUUGAGUGGAUGGAAGAGAAGAUGGCAGAAGUCUAGUUUGGCAUUUUUAAGAUGUACAGAAAUAUGUGGCCUUGAGAAAAAUAUCAAUGAGUAUUUGCUUUACCAUAGCAUGGUGAUAUUGCACACUAAAAGUUAAAAAUUAGACAUUUACUUCUUUUCACUGUGGGUAAGAAACAGUGCCUGGCUAUGUAGGGAUAAAGGGAAAAAGGAGCCAUAAAUGAGCAGAAGCCAUAUACAGCAACACAGUGAGUAUAUGAAAUGAGCCGUUGUGAAUACACACACAUUUGCACAUAGCAAAUUAAAAGUCUUUCCAGCAAGUCACAGGCCUAAUCCUUUGAUUGUAUCUAGUUAUACUGCCACACGUACAAUGAUUAUCAAAAAUCUGCAAAAGUUUUGUCUCAAGGGCUGUGUCACAUGUAGGCACUCUGCUCUGUGAAGAUAGCAGUUUUUUUGGGAAACUUCAUAUUUUGGUUUUGCACUAUUUGCAGAGAAUAUAAAUGAUCAAAUGGUAUAA